AAAAAAGGUACAUCGUGUUUUUAAUUGAUACCAAGGUCCAAAGGUCCAAUCGAUGCAGUUGAUUUUAUAAUUUUACGAUUUUACUCUGUACCUCUCUCCACAUUUGCAUCCAUCCAUUUACACGCAUUUACACACAAUCCAUUUUCGACGUUGAACACCGCCUACACUUUUAUCCUCUUCCAAUCUGGGCAUGAUUUAUUCCUUAUAGCAUCUAUUCAACACUCUUCCAUAUUACCUUGCCUUCCCAGUUAAAAUAAAAUAAAAUGUCCAAGUCACUCAGCAAGCGUAAUAAGCUUGCCGAGUUAAGGGCUUUACGCGCUGCUGGGAAGAAGGUUUACGACUCUUAUGAGGUCCAAGAAGAUCAAGAUUUAUACGAGGAAGUCGACGAAAAUCAAUAUAAAAAAAUCGUUCGCGACCGUCUGAACCAAGACGACUUUGUUGUCGACGACAAUGGCGAGGGUUACGCCGACGAUGGACGAGAGGAGUGGGAUCGAGUGCAUACUUAUGAAUCCGAGAGCGAGGAUGAGGCAUUGCUUGGAGGAAAGCCUCGCAAAUCAGAUAAGAAGAAGCGCGACGAGGAAAAGGCAAAACGGGACGCCAAUGACCGUGAUAUCAGUGAAUAUUUUAUGAAGGGCCAAGCUACCACUCAACAAAAACCAAAGGCUGUGAAAACCGAAGACGAUGAAAGGUUUUUAGCCGAUUUGUUAGGCGAGGUUGAUGCGAACAUACCUGUUCCAGCGUCGCGGGCUCCAAAGCGAAAUCGAUCCCCCGAGCGACGACGAGCUCGUGUUCUAUCUCCUGCGCGAGAGAAUAAGCAGCCAGCCACCAAGAAAGCAAGAUUAAGCGAAGAACGGUCAUCCCCUGCGCCUCAAGCACAAGAGGACUCUAUCGAUGACGAUGGAUACCUCCCGCCUAUGGACGAUGAUGAUCUCCUACCACCAGCGUCCGACGUACUGAUGAGCGACUCCGUUCCUGUUCCCUCGUCCCCCACAGCAAAAGUUGUCGCGCGUAUGACCAAAGUUAAGGUAGAGCCCGUAGAAGAAGAAGACGAAGAGAUGAUGGAGGUCUCUCAUGCCGGAACUAUAAAGACUGCUAGUGUGAACUUGUCUGCAUCGCGACCUAUCAAAAAGCUGGCCAAACCUGACCCAUACCCUACUCCUGCUAGCUCAUCUCCAACAAAAGCUGCCGAGACCGAUAUUGACUCAUCGUCGUGGAACAAUCUCACGGAUAAGCUAAAUGUUGUCAGCAGCUCGCUCCCUGAAACCAGAAGCAUCGGCAAGAUCGAUUACAAGGACGCCAUCGAGGAGGAUGGUAGCCUCAAUAUGUUCUGGACUGACUAUACCGAGGUCAAUGGUUCGCUUUGCCUAUUCGGAAAAGUCUUAAACAAGAAAACAAGCACCUAUGUGAGCUGCUUUAUCAAGGUUGAUAAUAUUUUAAGGAAAUUGUACUUUCUACCUCGCCAAUAUCGUCAAAAGAACGGUCAGGAUACGAGCGAAGAAAUAGAAAUGACAGAUGUCUACUCGGAAGUAGACGAAAUCAUGACUAAAAUGAAGGUCGAUAUGCAUAAAAUAAAGCCCUCUACCAGAAAAUACGCUUUCGAACUCCCUGGUAUCCCGAAGGAAGCGCAGUACCUGAAACUAUUAUACCCCUAUACGAAACCUCCAAUCAACCCCGAAACGACUGGCGAGACAUUCUCUCACGUUUUUGGUACCAACACUGCAUUGUUCGAACAGUUUGUGCUGUGGAAGAACAUAAUGGGUCCGUGUUGGCUCAAGGUAAAGGAUGCCGACUUUGGUGCUAUCAAGAACGCCUCCCACGCCAAACUUGAGGUCCUUGUCAAUGAUCCUGAUACAAUCUCCCCAAUGAGCGACGCUGAUAACUUGGAUGCACCACCCUUAACUCUUAUGAGCAUUGCUAUGCGGACCAUUUUCAACGCCAAAGACAACAAACAGGAGAUACUUGCGAUCAGCGCUCGUAUCUAUGAGAAUGUCUUGCUUAGUGACACUACACCCGCAGAAAAGCUUCCUUCUAAAACGUUUACGUUGAUGAGGCCGAGUGGAUCAGCAUUCCCCCUCGGAUUCGAUAAACUGGCGAUGGGUAGGAAAAAGUCGCUCAUCAAGCUGGUGAAGCAGGAAUCCGAGAUACUAUCUUUCUUCUUAGCGCAUAUCGAUCUUAUCGAUCCCGAUGUGAUCCUUGGUCAUCAACUGGAAGGUGUUGACUAUAGUAUCUUGCUGAAUCGAUUACACGAGAAGAAGACACCCCAGUGGUCACGGCUUGGGCGAUUGCGCAGAGCAGCAUGGCCAACAUCCAUAGGAAAAACGGGUGGUAAUGUAUUUGCAGAACGCCAGCUUAUGGCUGGUCGCCUCCUAUGUGACCUUGCCAACGAUGCUGGCAAGUCAGUCAUGUACAAGUGUCAGUCCUGGAGUUUGACAGAAAUGUGCAAUAUCUAUCUCGGUGGAGAUACCCAUAGACGACAUUUCGACAACGAGGCGGCUCUGAAGACAUGGGCAUCCGACAAGUCAGGCUUGAUGGAUUAUAUAACCCAUAUGGAAGCAGAUACAUAUUUCAUCGCCGCUCUGGCUUUGAGCACACAGAUGCUACCUUUGACGAAAGUUUUGACGAAUUUAGCGGGUAACUCGUGGGCUCGAACGUUAACAGGUACUCGAGCUGAGCGCAACGAGUACAUUUUGUUGCAUGAGUUUCACCGCAACAAGUACAUCUGCCCCGACAAGCAGUUUUUCAAGGGACGACCUAAAGCUGAAGAGGAGAACAAUGAAGAAGAGGCCACGGAAAGUAAAAAGAAGGAUAAAUACAAGGGUGGUCUUGUUUUCGAACCGGAGAGGGGGCUCUAUGACAAGUUCGUAUUGGUUAUGGAUUUCAAUUCUCUUUAUCCUUCCAUCAUCCAGGAGUUCAAUAUCUGCUUUACAACGGUCGAACGGAGCUCACUUCCGGAUGAUGAAGAUGCUGUACCGGAAGUUCCAACGCAACAGGAACAAGGCAUAUUGCCGAGACUUAUUGCCACUCUAGUCAGCCGGCGACGAUCAGUAAAAUCACUGAUGAAAGAUAAGAACGCUACACCUGAGCAGCUCGCCACAUGGGAUAUUAAGCAACUUGCUUUGAAGUUGACAGCCAAUUCUAUGUACGGUUGUUUGGGAUACACCAAGUCUCGUUUCUACGCAAGACCUCUUGCCAUCCUUACAACGUAUAAAGGUCGUGAGAUCCUCCGAAGCACCAAAGAGCUUGCCGAGUCCAAGUCUCUCCAGGUUAUUUAUGGCGAUACCGAUUCCGUCAUGAUCAACGCAAACGUUGAAUCGGUUGCUGAGGCACUAAAGGUCGGUCAGGAGUUCAAGAAAGCCGUCAACGAGCGAUAUCGUCUCCUAGAGAUCGAUAUCGACAACGUAUUUAGACGCAUCCUGCUCCAGGCAAAGAAGAAGUACGCGGCUAUCAAUCUUGUAGAAGUUCCUGGUGGCAAGUACAUUGAGAAGAUGGAAGUGAAGGGUCUUGAUAUGAAACGCAGAGAAUACUGUGGUCUGUCAAAAGAGAUCUCUUCCCGUCUACUUAACGAAAUCCUAUCUGGCGACGAUACUGAAGUUUCCGUCCAACGCAUACACGAAUAUCUGCGCGAGGUCGCAGGCAAAAUGCGAGAACACGCUGUUCCUGUGCCGAAAUACAUCAUCUAUACGCAGUUAGGUAAGGCGCCAAAGGAGUACCCGAACGCGGACUCGAUGCCACAAGUCCAGGUUGCUCUUCGAGAAAUUGCACGGGGAAACACGGUCCGUCGCGGAGAUGUCAUCUCGUACGUCGUGACUGGAGACAGCAAAACGAGCUCAGAGCCUGUUGCAAAGCGCGCAUACACGCCACAAGAUGUAAUGAAGCCCGAUUCCGGUCUCAAAGUAGACGUCGAGUGGUAUAUCGGCAAGCAGAUUUUCCCACCUGUUGAGCGUCUCUGCGCCAACAUCACCGGAACAUCAACUUCCCAGCUUGCCGAACAACUUGGUCUCGACAUUCGUCGCUAUACAAACAACUCAACUUUUAAUCAGUCAGGAUCUAACGACCAUGAAAUCCACCCUCUUGAAUCUCAGAUCCCCGACGAUGUCCGCUUCCGUGACUGUGCUCGCCUCUCCCUACGUUGUCGGAAGUGUAAAACCUCGGCGCCAUUCGAAGGCCUGCUAUCCUCGGAACAACCUGAAAAUCGCGUCACGCCGCAAGGUGUUACCUGCCCGUCGUGCUCGGCACUCAUUCCCAACCUUAGCAUCGUGGCACAAGUUGAACGGGCCGUCCGCAACGAGACGGCGCGAUACUAUGAGGGCUGGCUCGUGUGCGACGACGCAUCGUGUGGCAAUCGCACGCGCCAGAUGUCGGUCUACGGCACGCGGUGCAUGGGCCCGAAGGGUCUGGCGUCGGGCUGCCUCGGCCGCAUGCGCUACGAGUACGGCGAGCGCGACAUCUACAACCAGCUCGUAUACUUUGCGUCCCUGUGGGACGUGGACAAGGCCCGCGCCAAGGCAAACUCCGGUGCUACUGGUCUAGGCGGACAAGGUAACGCCGGCAGCUUGAACGCCGCCGAGAAGGACAGGGUCCUCGCUCUCGCGGAACACAACCGCACCCGCUUUACCACAGUCAAGGGCGUUGUUGAUAAAUACCUCGAUAAGUGCGGGCGCCAGUGGGUUGCCAUGGACACGUUGUUCGGAAAGCUGGGGUUCACGGCUGCUUAGAUUAAAUAGACCCCCACCAUCAAGGGGAUUAGUUAGGAUAUAUAUUAGGUACCCAUGACGGGAUGAAGGGUUGGCCAGUAGGCUUAUAACAUAGGAGGCUAGGUUAGGUAACCUAGCUAGACCUAUACAUAAUAGCGGCUGGCGUUUCUGGUUUAGGAUACUGUUCUUCAUUGUGCUGCUUUAUUUGGUCUUAGGUAGCUCAAGAGGUAGUCAUAGUUAAACACUGCAUGGUAAUGGUUUAUAAUGAAUCUAAAUACGUAUAUCGUUCAUUCGGAAUCAUACUUGUCUUUCUUACCUGUAUGUAAAGACCUGUUAUUAUACAUCACCCAGACACAGCAUACAUG